AUUAUAAAUUCUUUAAUACUAAGAUUUAUUUUGUAAAAUUUUGAAAAAAACUAAUUUUUUGCUAGUAAUUUGCGUAAGUUUUGUGAAAUGGAAAAAAACACAUGUUGGCCAGUCUGUAAUCAUUUUUUCUAGGUUAUGAUUUCCAUUUUCUUCAUGCUGGGAUACAUGUCUGCUGGAACUCAAUCAAUCAACAAAGAAUUGAGUUUUGAGUUAAACACCUAUGCUGAAAUGCAUUUGAACGUGUAAUUUCAAUUUCCUUCUCUUUAAAUUUGUUUUUUCUUUAAGUGACAUUUCUCAGAAAUGGGGAUUAGGGGAUUGACCAGUUAUAUCUCCCAAAAUGCUCAUCGGUUCCAUCUGGUUCAUCGACUUCAAGAUUGCAUUUUAGUUGUGGAUGGCUGCAGUCUUGCUUGUCAGCUGUACAUUAAUGUUUCUGAUUGUAACAGUGCUUUUGGAGGAGACUAUGACAAAUAUGCUCAGACUAUUCAGGACUUUUUUUCACUCUUAAAUAAGUGUAAUGUUACUCCUUUAGUAGUCAUUGAUGGUGGUUAUGAGGCACGAAAAUUGAAAACAGUAUCGCAGCGGAUGAAAAAUAAGUUGCACAAUGCUAAAUCUUGCAAUCCAGUUAAUCAGUCAGCAGCAACAGUUUUUCCCUUGUUCAUGAUGGAAGUUUUCAAGCAAACACUGCGAAGUUUGGGAGUCCAGUUUGUACAAGCUGACUUUGAGGCAGAUUUUGAAAUUGCUGCAAUUGCAAGAACCUUGAAUUGUCCGGUCUUGAGUUAUGAUUCUGACUUUUAUGUCUUUGAUGUUAAAUAUAUUCCAUUUUCAACUCUAAAUCUGACACUGUCCAAGGCAAGGUGCAAUGGUACUGUAAAAUAUUACCUUGGUUGUGAAGUUUACAGUGUUGACCAUUUCCUCGCAAAUUUUGGUGGACUUGAUAAAUCUCUUCUUCCAUUAAUGGCAACUUUAUUGGGAAAUGAUUAUGUUUCACUGUCACAAUUCAAGAAAUUUUAUAACCACGUCAAGUUGUCAAAGAGUAAAACAAAAUCCAAACAACAGAGGAGAAUAGCAGCAAUAUUUGAAUGGUUGAGGAAAGAAACAUUUGAAUCGGCUGUGACAAAGAUAUUGAGCCACCUGAGAAAGAAGGAUCGCUUUCAUGUGAAGAAACAAAUUGAGCUUUCAGUAUCCGGUUAUGGUGGAAGUCAAAGCGAGCUAUUAAGUUACUUCUCUGUGGAAGUUCCAGAGAUGGAUAGCAAUAUCAUAGAUAGUUCAGCAAAUAUUUUCAAUAAUGAUGACUCUUCUCAUACUGAUGAUUCUUCCGGAGAAUCUGAUAGUGCAGAAGAUGACAGUGAUGAAAGCUCAGAUGAAAUUAUUGCUUCAGAAGGUGAAGAAGAAAUUGAAUGUCAUGAACCCAACCUAGGCAGCAGCUCAACUUUUCCAAAUUGGCUAAAAGAAAAGUUUCGAAGAGGUGAACUUCCUUCAUAUGUGUCUGACAUUUAUCACCUGCAUAUUUAUUUCUGUCAACCCCAAGUAGAAGAUUUCUCUGUGUCAGACUCCCAUACUAUAAGUUUUCCCAUAUUAAAUGUAAUUUGUGGACUCCUAUUUAGUAAGGAACUAGACCAUGAAACACCUCAAAGAGAGCGUAAAUUUGUUUGUUUUUCAAGAAGCCUGGGCUUAAAACAUCAGAAAGUUUUUCUCCAACCACUUUCAACCCUCCCAUGUCUGCCAUGCUUUCCACCUUUGUCAUGUCUUCUUGAUAUAUCUCUUUCUGUUAGAGAACAAGUAUUGUACAACACCCUUGGAAUUCAUGUUGAGGAGGAAAUUGCUACCAUAAAGUCCUUUGAGGAAAAGUGGAGGCUCUUUGCUAUGGCACUAGUUUUUUGGGCUCGGUCUACAACAUAUCCAAAUGUCACCAAUUGUCAUUUACAUGCAAUAAUAAUUGGAAUGAUAGCUUUAGGUGUUGUAGACAAGAAAAUAGGCCGUGUUCGAAGUCAGAAUAAAGCUCUAAAAUUGAAUGCACAAAAGAGUGGACGAACAGAAUGCAAUUCAAUGCUCACAGCUCCUGUUGAGUGUGACGCUCAACUUGAAUUAGAUUCUUGUAAUGAAUUGGGAGAUAAGACAGGUGAUAAUUACAAAGAAAUGAUAUCAAAGGUGACUGAAAGUGAUUGUUUGAAUCUUGUAGAGUUUCUCUUACAAUUUCACAAAAUGGAUGGGAAGUUAAAAGGUAGUCCUCGUCUUUUUUCCCCUCUCAUUGUGCAUUUAUUUGCACAGCUGCAAACGUGUUUAUUGCAAGUGAUGACACUCAAUUCAAUCUUGGGAUAUCCAGUUCCUCAAUGCCAAUUAGCAGAAACCUAUUCAGGCACAGUGGCUUAUCAAGCCUUUGCAAACCUGAAUAAAAGGAGUGAUGUUAACGGUUUUAUUAAAGCACAAAUGAUUAACUCCCCCUCAGUUUAUCUUAUUUAUAAGGCUUUAUUGGAUAAAUUUCUGUUUCUCUUACCAAAUAUACCAGUUUUGUUAAGAAAAGGAAAGAGAAAGAGCAAGCGAAAUAACAAACGGUGUGACAGCGCUACAUCAGAUCAUGAAGUGGGUGGCCCCGACGAAGAGCCAGAGCAAAACCUUGACAUCAAUAAUAAAUUUUCAAUAUUAAGUGUAAUGUGAACUCCUGUGUUGUAAGUGUACAAUAAACUAUUACUCAAAGGCU